AUGGCUAGCAAAUUCAAGCUCGUCUUCUUUGUUCCCAAGGAAAACGUCGAGGCUGUCAAGACAGCCAUCUUCGCAGCCGGCGCUGGCCGUUAUCCCGGCCCAGGAGCAUAUACACAUUGCGCAUGGCAGACCGACGGUGUCGGUCAGUUCCGCCCUGGAGACACGGCCAAUCCCCAUAUCGGCAAGGUGGGCGAGAUCGAAAAGGUCCCUGAAGUCCGCGUUGAGACGCUGUGCGUUGGCGAGGACGUUGCAAAGAAUGCCGUUGAGGCAUUGAAGAAAGCCCACCCCUAUGAAGAGCCGGGAUAUGAAGUUUAUCGAUUGGAGAAUUUCUAG